UCUCUCAGUAGUAGUUGCUGAGCUGCAACACUUGAGAGAAACUCUUCAGAUCAGCAGCUGCGUGUGUGGGAAGAAGAAAAUAGCUUCUUUUUUCGUAGAUGAUUAUAAACGGAAUAAUUUAUUUUGAAUCAUGAAGGAACUCUCCCCUGACGCCGUGUUGCUGUCUUUUGCACAUUUAUGUUUCCUCUGUAGUUUUAUGGACGGGGUUUUCGCUCAGGAGGCUGCAGGUGAUGAUGAUGCGCUCCGGCGAGGGUUGACAUGGCAACAUAACGGGCAGGUUUUUAGCAUCCUGAGCCGCGGAUCCCAGUACCGGCCGUCCGACAGGAGGCAGGCCGGGUCACCCAACCGCGGCAACCCUGUGGUCGUGGUCAGCAGCGGUAACGACACGGUUCCCGCCGCGUCCCGGGGCUCCCCGCGUGUCCCCGCAGCCAGUAGCGCUGCGCAAUUGCGCGCGAUGACGCGCCAGCAGCAGCGCCCGCCGCCGGGCAGCGACAGAGACUCUGCACCGGUCAGACGGGAGGACAUGAUGGUCGGAGACGAUCCGUAUGACCCGUACAAGGCUUCUAACUAUAAUCCCUAUUAUAACUACUACAACUCGUACCACAGACCCAGACCCAGGACUCAGCCCCGGCACGGAUACGGCACCAGCUACCACCAGAACGGUCUCCCUGAUCUGGUUCCUGAUCCAUACUACAUCCAGAUCGCCACCUACGUCCAGAGGAUGCCCAUGUACAACCUCCGCUGUGCUGCUGAGGAGAACUGCCUCGCCUCUUCCUCCAGUUAUACUCAGGAUUAUGACACCAGAGUUUUGUUGAGGUUCCCUCAGAGGGUGAAGAACCAGGGAACAGCUGACUUCCUGCCCAGUAAACCUCGAUAUGCCUGGGAGUGGCACAGCUGUCAUAAUCACUUCCACAGCAUGGACGAGUUCAGCCUGUACGAGCUGCUGGACUCCCAGACUCAGAGGCAGGUAGCUGAGGGUCACAAGGCAAGCUUUUGUCUGGAGGACACUUCCUGUGAUCCGGGAUACUACCGCCGCUUCGCCUGCACCUCACACACUCAGGGUUUGAGUCCAGGUUGUUAUGACACGUACAACGCUGACAUUGACUGUCAGUGGAUCGACAUCACUGAUGUCUCUCCUGGAAGAUACAUCCUCAAGGUGACAGUAAAUCCCAGGCAGCAGGUUCCAGAGUCCAACUUUAACAACAACGUGGUUCGUUGUGAUGUCCAGUACACCGGCACCGCCGCUCACGUCUCUGGAUGCACCAUGACAUCCUACUGAGAUGAAUUCUGCAGUUUGAGUUUGAAAAGAAGAAUGAAGCUUGAAGUUACAUGUGACUUAAAUAAUUCAAUUAUAACUGGAUUAAAGCAAAAACUGAUUAUUAGCUGUAAUAAAACAACUGAACCAUUAUUUUAUUUUAAUUUAGUCAAAAUGAAUGGAUUAUUAAUCAGUUUAAUUACAGAGUCAGGUAUUCAUGUCAGUAACAACACACCAGGAUUAAGUAGCUUACAUUUAGCCUGCUCCAUUUCUGGACUUUAGUAAGUUGAUAAGUUCUGGAUGGUUGCACCAUCUAUUUAUAGAUCCAAGAGUUUGUGUGUCCUUUUUAAGAUCUUAAUCACCAGUUUCAAAUUAGUGAUUUUUUAUUUAUAAGUGAAGAAGUAUGUGUGUUUCAGAGUUAGUAGCAUUUAUGAAGGUUAGAGUAAAUGUCUGAUUGCACAACUUUAGCGGCAAGGUUAUUAUUUUUGGUCAUUUAGUGUAACAUUGGCAGAAUGUUCACAAAUUUGAGGACGGGACAAUAUUUUUUCGUAAAAUAGAAUUUGAAAAACUUACCAGUGUAUAUUUAAUAGUAAAAAGUAUUUUGAUCAACUGUCAUCAAGACAUAUCCAUAUCACCCCUUAAUAGAAGACAUAUAUUUGCAAGCUAUCGCUAGUUUUGUCAGUUCAAUUACAUGCAGCUACACAACAAUUAUUACAACUAAUUCAGAACGAGUGAGACCAAAUAAUACGUUUGUGUGGUGCAUUAACUGCUUUAAUUUUAUGAUGCGUAGAUAAAACAUUUGCUUUCUAACUAAGUUAUAGGCAACGUCUGAUCUGAAUAGGUGGUGCAACUGGACCCUGGUACUUGAGUAGUUCUAGAAAGGGAGAUUUUCUACUUUUCCUCCACUACACUACUUUUUACUCUACAUUUAUCUGACAGCUCCUGGUUACAUACGUUUUAAGUACUGUGCAGAUUUACUCUUACAUUAAAUGUAAAUAAAAAAUGACCAAGAGGCUAUUAGAUAAGCAGUAUUCUAUUUUCCAAACAAGUACACAAAAGACCAAAUGGCAGAUAGAGCAGGGAUAGCUUGUUAGUUAUAAAGGUUUCAGUCUUUAUGUUAUAGUAGUUAUAUAGUUUUUUUUUUUUUUUGAUCUACUUUUCUCAUGGUCAGGGUAAUGUUUUUUGUGAUUUUGAGCAAGUUCUUGAUCAACAAAUACAUUUUUUAAUGCCAAGAAAUCUAUUUUAUUGAGAAAACUGUUAUUAUUUUCUGAUGAAGAGCUUACAAAACCACUUUCUUAUGAUCACAGAAUAAUAAUUUUGCGAUCACAGUUUCUUACAUGCAUGUUCUGCCUGGGCUCCUGUAGACUUUUAUACAAUAUAUGAUAUAACUGACAUUUUAAUGUUAAUUUAAUGCUCUUUAUUUGUGAAAUUGCACGAUGACAGUUUCUGGGCAUUUUCAGAGAAAGCAGCGUUUUAAACUUCCUGUAAGGUUUUUUUUUUCACUAAUGGUGUUUUUCUGGUUUUUAUUGGUGCUGUGGAAUAGAUCUUAGAUUUUUGGUGCUAAAGGUGCUUUCUACUUUGUGCCGUUUUGUGUCCCCAAACUGAACCAAACCAAAAAUAUUCAGGGACAAAAAAAAAGGAAAUCCUGCUGGAAGUCAGACUUGCAAAUUAAAGUGUGUUUCUGUUGGUGAACACUGUAUAGAGUGUAUGUAUACAGAGUACAGUGUGUGUACUUGUACUUGACAACCUGUAACCACACAUACCUACAGAGCUGUGUAUAGGCGAGCUCGCAUUUUAUCUUAUCAACCUGCAUUACUGCUUCAUAUCCCAUUAAUAAAGUUUGCUUGAAUGUAAA